AUGGCUAUAGCCGACGACUUCCAGGACGAUGCUCCAGUUGAAGCGCCUCCUGGUGUGAUGAAUGCAAAAUCCAUUUGCGAUCCCCUCACUGAAGUUAUCGAUCCCGCUCGGGCUAUAUUUGAAAAAUGGAGUAAGAUCCCGGCCUGUGAGGUCGUCGAGCAUGUCAAUAACAUGAGGGAUCGCGCGUAUGAAGUGUUUCGCAUGCCACAUAUCGGUCUGUACGGAUUUCUCAAUAUCAAUCUGUUAGACUUUGAUUGUUAUCCGGAGAUUCUAGAGUCAAUCAAGAAAGGCGCUCUGUUUCUUGAUUUAGGGUGUGGUUUUGGGCAGGAGGUGCGCCAGGUGGUUUUGGAUGGGGGACCUCCGGCAAACAUCUUUGGAGCAGACUUAUCUAAUGACCUGAUGGACUUUGGCCAUGAACUAUUCCUUGAUAAGGAAAAGCUUGGUGUUAGGUUUGUUCAAAGUGAUAUUUUCGACCACCAGUCAACCCUUAGGUUGGAGUUUCGAGGUCGAUUUCAAGUGAUUCACGCGAGCAACUUCUUCCACGUUUGGCCAUGGGCGACGACAAUUGAAGUCGCUAAAUAUGUCCUCGAUCAACUUAGUGACAAACCCGGAUCAGUCAUUCUAGGUACCCAAGUCGGUACAAAGAAGGCGAAAAAUGUGAGAUUCCCUCACGUUAACAAAAGCGCUUUUUUCCAUAGCACAGAAACCUGGAAAAAGCUCUGGGCUGUGGUUGCACAGGAAAUGGCUAUUCAGCUCGAUGUCCAGGCGACUGAAUCUGAUUUCACUGAUCAGGAUAAAAAUGACUGGCCUGAAGAAUUGGAAUUUGUCCGCCUGCGCUUUGUCAUUAGAAGAGUGUGA